ACACACUAGUACCGUAAAUCAUCUCACUCACUCACUCACUCACUCUCAUCUCAUCCUCAACCGCACCCAAGUCGAACAAUUAGUUCCUUCAAAGUGAUCAACUCACAAAAAAAAAGAAACCCCCCAACCCACCAGCCAUGUCGUCAGCGACCUCGUUCCGCCAGAUCAUCGGCGCCCCCGCCUCGACGGCCUCGCCCACCGACAGCACCCUCGUCAUCAUCGACGCCCAGAACGAGUACGCCGAAGGCAAGCUCGCCGUCGCCGACGUCGCCUCCUCGCGCCGCGCCAUCGCCGACCUCCUCGACCGGUACCGCAGCGCCGGCGGCGGCGUCGUCCACGUCGUCCACGACACCCCCGCCGGCGCGCCCGUCUUCACGCCCGACACGCGGCUGGCGGCCGAGUUCGACGAGCUCGCGCCCCGCGACGGCGAGAAGGUCGUCCACAAGAACUUCCCCGGUUCCUUUGCGGGCACCGACCUGCAGGCGCACCUGGAGGGCCUGGGCGAGAAGGGGAAGAAGCUCGUGCUGACGGGGUACAUGGCUCACGUUUGCGUGUCUACCACGGCGAGACAGGCCGCCCAGCGCGGAUUCGACGUGCUCGUAGCCGAGGACGCCGUCGGGGAUCGAGACAUCCCCGGCGUCGACGCCGCGCAGCUCACGCGGGUGGCGCUGAGUGAGAUUGGCGAUGCAUUCGGUACUAUUGUGCAGAGCAAGGACAUCGUAUAAGGGGCCCAUGUAAGAGAAGAGAUGGCAUAAUUCAUGUCACUUGAACGUCAUGGUCUUGAUAUCCACCGUUGCCGUUUGGGGGGUGGGACAUGAGCUCUCUCAUGUGAGAUGCCUUCUUUCACGAGGCAAUUCAUGGCAUAGUUUCAGGCUUGCUCAAUAAUUACAGCCAC